UCCUGUGCAUAGUAUCAUGACCUGAUGCGUCGAGAGCCAUUCGCACUCUGCAGCGAAUGUAGUUCCUAAUAUGAAGUCGAGACGGUCAAUAUUACAGCAGUUGCAAAGAGCAGCUAGUUCUUCGCGACCAAGAUCUUCUGCCCAGUCUCUUGCGACCAGAGCAACUCGCGCAGCAGGUCACCCAAGGAGGCCAUAUGCAACCGUCUCAGCUGCAGAUCUACAGUUUGGUCAACCUGUCCAUGAGACUCACCCACAUCUUUUGCGCGCGGGAGAAAUCACACCCGGCAUUACUGCUCAAGAGUAUGCGAACCGUCGAGCGAAGCUUGCUGCGAGUCUCCCUGAUAAUGGCAUUGCAAUAUUAGCAUCAUCAGAGACGAAAUACCGGUCCGGGGCGGUAUUCUAUGAGUUUCACCAGGAACCCAAUUUUCUCUACCUGACGGGCUUCAAAGAACCGGAAUCUGUUGCAGUUAUCCAAAAAGUUGGAUCCUCCUCUGAAUACAUCUUCCACCUAUUCGUCCGGCCCAAGGAUGCGAGGGCAGAACAAUGGGAUGGCGCAAGAUCCGGCGAGCAGGCGGCGUUGGAUGUGUUUAAUGCGGACGAGACCGGAAGUAUCAAUAACUUACAUUCGUUGCUCGCCCCUCUUAUUGCUGGGGCCAGCGAAAUUUACACGAACAUAACCAAAGUUUCCGGGUUUUCGUCUUUUUUCAGAAGUCAGGGCACACCACCAAACGACUUUCAAAAGAUGAUAAAAGACAGCAAGGUCAAACCAUUGCAGCCGCUGAUCAACCAGAUAAGGAUUAUCAAGAGCGAAGCAGAAAUUGCCAAUAUGCGGAUAGCCGGAAAGAUCUCUGGAAGGGCCUAUACAAAUGCUAUGCGGCGCCAGUGGACCAAAGAAAAAGACCUAGCAGCCUUUUUGGACUACGAAUUUAAAAUAGGUGGUUGCGAGGCCAGUGCAUACGUACCUGUUGUUGCCGGCGGGAAGAACGCGCUGAGCAUCCAUUAUGUAAGGAAUGAUGAUGUCCUUCAAGACGGUGAGCUCGUCUUGGUGGAUGCUGGCGGCGAGUACGGAGGAUAUAUUACAGAUAUCACCAGAACCUGGCCGAUCACCGGGAAAUUUUCAGAUGCUCAAAGGGAUCUCUAUGAGGCCAUUCUGAAAGUCCAACGGAGCAGCAUUUCCUUAUGCCGGGAGAGCGCCAACGUAUCCCUGGAUAAGAUCCAUCAAAUUACUGAACAAGGGUUAAAGGAUGCGCUGAGGCAACUGGGCUUCGACAUGUCAAAAGAUGCCUUGUAUGCGCUCUUCCCCCAUCACGUUGGCCACUACAUCGGUCUGGAUGUCCACGACUGCCCGGGAUAUCCAAGGAAUGGGCCCCUCAAAGCCGGCCAGUGCGUCACUGUAGAACCUGGAAUAUACGUCCCUGAUGAUGAGCGGUGGCCGAAGCAUUUCAGGGGCAUCGGGAUUAGAAUAGAGGACAGUGUCUGUGUUCAGGAUGACUCCCCUCUGAUCCUGACGACGGAAGCUGUCAAAGAGAUUGUAGAUAUCGAAGCAUUACGAGAGUAAUGUUAAAUCAUGUAUUACUAGCAGUACGACC